UUUUUAGGUUAUUUCAAUUUAAAAACGCGUUUUUACAGUGAGGUUCGAUUCAAUUCAACACUCUUAAGUAUUUUUGUUUCUAAUAAGCAAGUCAAAAUGGCAAAACACGACGAAACUGCCGAUGAAAGUAUGGUCCAGGGUGACGAAUUAACAUAUGAAGAAAAAGUUGCCAAUUGUAGUAUAAUUGCUAAGCCGAUGGCUUCAAAAAAAUUAACAAAAAAAUGUUACAAAUUGGUGAAAAAAGCAUCAAAACAGAAAACGUAUCUAAGAUGUGGAUUGAAAGAUGUUCAAACAAGGAUACGAAAGGGCGAAACAGGUAUUGUCUUAUUUGCUGGUGAUGUUACCCCUAUUGAAAUAAUGUGCCAUCUACCAGCAAUUUGCGAGGAGAAGAAUAUACCUUAUGUCUAUACCCCUAGCCGGAAAGAUUUAGGAGGAAGUAUUGGAGUGAAAAGAGGAUGUCUUAUGGUGUUGAUUAGACCCCAUCCAGAAUAUCAAGAAAGUUAUGAUGAACUCUAUACAGAAAUUAAAAAUAUACCUGUUGUAAUAUGAAAUUCCAUUAAGUAAGAUUAGAAUAUAAUGACAGUAUGGCACCAUUGCCAUAAUGUAUGUUUAUACAAUCAUACUUAAGCCACAAAUAAUUCUAAUUAUUUUGACUCUUUCUAUCUUCAACGUGCUGUUUUCAUCUUAACUUUUCAUAUCGUUUCUGGGAAGGCUUUUUUACCAUCCUAUACUACUUUAGGCACAGCAUUGUUAAUUGAGUGUAUGGAGUCUUUAUUACUAGACCAAUUGCCUUAAAUUCAAAUACAUAUUAUGUUAAAUGAAAAUUAUUUGAUAUGGGUUAAAAAUAAAAAAUUAUAUUUGU